AUGAGCCGUAAACAACAACCUGAAGAUUGUCUUGAAGAAGCCAGAAGGCGUUUGGGCAGUAAUAACAUCGAUGAUGAGCAGGUGGAUGAGAUGGAAUUACCGUACGAGGGGAUAAUCAGUAGCAACACUGACAAGACAGCUAAGUCAAAAUCAUUGGAUGAUGAUGAUGACGUUGGACACUCGGAUAGAAUGGAAGAUGCGGAUGGAGCUGAGUUGGUAAUUACAAGAACCAAUCGUUCUGGUAGAUCCUUCAAGACUAUCUAUACUGCUAGAAAAGGGGAUCAUGAAAUGGAAGUGCUAAGUAGUGGUAGUGGUAGUGGUAGUGGUAGUGAUGAAAGUCUGGGUAGUCAAUCAUAG